ACUAUCACAUAUUCAAUCGCUGCUUACACCUCGGGAAGUACACUCGUGUGUACGCGAUGUUCUUAACCGCUCUACUCUUGAUGUAUUCAGUACCUUAAGAAAUACCUUAUGUGGUUCCAUCCAAUUUACCCCUAUCGAUAUCGUUAUCGAUACAUUCGCGUGUUGUAGUUAUGUGAUCUGUGACUCGACGUCAUAACAAAACUCUACAGUAUUGCACACAUUUUAUAUCUCAAAUAUUCUUAGUAGUGAGACUGUCUGCUGAUCAAAACAGAGUCGACACAAGCAACCGCCGGGAGUUCAUAAGCGAAGCAUCUAAAAGAGCCAAGCAAGGAAGUUCAUACAAAGUUUGCUUACCAGAAAUGGGAAUAUUUUGCGAAAUAAACUUACAUAAAUCCAACGACGGAGUAUUCAUAGCCGGAAGUAAAGUUCACGGAGUUAUAAGAUAUGCUGUCGAUGUAGAAACCACUUUCUCUCAAAUUUCUGUGUCACUAAAAGGUAGAGGAAUUUUAAGUAUAAAGAGGAAACAUAGCGACAAGAGCAAAGAAGUGACGCACUGCUGCAGCGAGGUUUAUCUGGACCUCAAAGAUGUAGUGACAGUAUCUGAGAAGAAUAUCGUCCCCGCGGGCUCAUAUGAUAUUCCUUUCACGUUCGAGUUGCCUGAAAACAUCCCGGCCACGUUCCGGCACGCGAGCAGUAACAUGCAGUACGCCAUUAGUUGCAACAUCCGAUACAUGAUACGCAUUAAGUUCAAAAGACCGGGCUUUUUGAAGUUCGCUAAGACGUACAAAAAAGAAAUCGAAGUCGAAUCCGGCAUCACUCCGAGGCUUCCUCUGGAACCCAUCGUCUACGGAAAGCAGAAAAAAAUUUCACAACUAUUCAGUCGCAAGUCGAAUACGAUCAACAUUAAAGCCGGCGUGGCAAAGUCCGUCCUCGCCCCCGGAGACACGUUGGACCUUGAAUAUGAAGUUAGGAAUGACUCCGAAGUGACGGUCAGGGCCGUCGAGACCAAGAUCGUGGAAGUUCUCAAAUUCACGACGAAAACGAAAACUGUGAAAAUGUCGCUAGACGUGCCGCACGCGGAGAGCAAGGCGGGCUCGGUGAAGUGCGGCGAGAGCCAGACCAUGAGGCUGCUCCUGAGCGUGCCCCCGGACACCCGGUCCCUCGAUUUCUCCGGCCUCGUUGCCAGGGACUAUUUCGUGCAGAUGACGGUUGAGCUGCCCUUCCCGCACUUCAACUGCGUGCUCCUGAUGCCGCUGCAGGUGGGGCAGGACGGGCGCGGGUACGCAUUCACCCCGCCGCCCGCUUACUGGGAGGUGAUGCUCCACGAAGACAAGGAUCACAAGGAAUAGGCAACUAAACCUUACGAAGAUGUCAAACAUAUUUGUAACAUUGUAAAUAAUGUGCGAUUAAAUGAUUACAACCAAACCUC